UUCAGAAUUUCCAUUCGUUCAAUCAGUCUGCCCGCGACCGCCGUUCAAAGCAGUGGUUUACUAGUUUCCGUCGUACGAAAACGCGUUUCGGUGUGAUUUGUGUUUUGUUUUGUGGUGCACGAUGGCUUACAACGGUAGUGGUGGCAAGAGACUGUGUACAGGAACCGACCUCGACGUGGAAAGGAGUAAUGGCAACAAUUAUAUGGCGGGCGAGCCCCGUCGCAAACGCGAGCCGCCGGCGCGGCCGAACCACAUCCUCCUGUACACCAUCAUCAACCCCGCCUAUCCUAUCACUGUGGACGUGAUACACACAAUAAGCACCCCGCACGGGCAGGUGCAGAGGAUCGUCGUGUUCAAGAAAAAUGGCGUCCAGGCCAUGGUUGAGUUUGAAAGCGUGGAGUCGGCGACGCGAGCGAAAGAGGCGCUACACGGCUGCGACAUAUACUCCGGAUGCUGCACACUCAAAAUUGAAUAUGCCAAGCCCGAAAGAUUGAACGUGUUCAAAAACGACCAAGACAGUUGGGACUACACAUUAUCUGAAGACGUGCAGCCUGUGCAGCGAAGCGCCCCGCUCCUUCAGUCGCCACAGUACACCGGCGGAAGACCACAGCCUUACAAUGCUUCGCUGAACCAGCCGACCACCAGACCGGCGAGCGAGGAUACUUGCAGCCAACACAGCCAGAACUCUUGCGAUCAUGCACAAAAUGAUAUGGAGUUCGGAAGCGGCGGUCCCCCGCCCCCCGGGAUGAAAAUGGAGCGUCAUGGUCCUCCACCGCCCCAUCAUCCGCGUGAUGGUCGCGGUUACGGGCCCGAGGGAUAUGGUGGCGAAGGUUUCGUGCCGCCGCCGCCCAUGCACCAUCCCGCUAUGCCGCCACAAAACCAGGGCGGACCACCACAGCAGGGCGCUGUGAUGAUGGUGUAUGGCCUGGACCCACAGACUGCCAACGCGGAUCGUCUUUUCAAUCUGUGCUGCCUCUACGGGAACGUCGUCAGAAUAAAGUUCUUGAAGACAAAAGAAGGCACAGCCAUGGUUCAGAUGGGCGAUGGCGUGUCAGUAGAGAGAUGUGUCCAGAAUCUCAACAAUGUCACAGUUGGAGACUACACAUUGACACUGGCAUUCUCCAAACAAGCGUACCUGUCCGAAGUAAUGAACCCGUACCCCCUUCCUGAUAAGUCGCCCUCCUUCAAGGACUACGUCGGCAAUAAGAACAACCGCUUCCUCACGCCUGCCUCCAUUCACAAGAACAGGAUACAACCGCCUUCCAAGGUGCUCCACUUCUUCAACACGCCUCCAGACGUGUCGGACGACCAGCUGUUGCAGGUCUUCAAGGAUUACGGGGUCAUGCCCCCGCACACUAUCUCGAAGUUCCCGCUAAAGAGCGAGAGGUCAUCAUCGGGUCUGAUGGAGUUUCAGAACAUCUCGCAGUCAGUGAUGGCGAUCAUGGCGUGCAACCACGCGACCAUCCAGCACCCAGGUGCAAAAUUCCCGUUCGUAAUGAAACUGUGCUUCUCGUCGUCACGGCAAAUCGGACAGGGCAAGGGCCAGCAGAAGAAAGACGGCCAGGGCCAGGAGUCGAACCCGCGGCAGAACAACGGCAUGCCCGAACACGACUACUAUUCCUAUCCCAAGAUUAAGUCAGAGCCUUACGAUCCAUAGAAUAAUUGCUGCAUAGCCAAAUCCGUCAGAACAGAACCUUACAACUGAUCUAGUUAAUGGCGAUGUCGGCGAACACACACAAACACAUAUCAAGACGGACUCACACACACAGCCACACGAGAGCGGACGGGGUUGCCAUUUCACAUGAAAACACCCACAACACACACCAGUUACCAAAAGGGUGAUACCACAAAAACAAUGGCAACAUUAUAUAUUAUAAUAUAUAUAAUUCCUUUACUUUUUACGUGAUUUAGAUCACCCCCAAUAAAGACAUUAACAGAUAGUUUAUUAAUAUAAUUUUAGACACAUACAAUUUCAUGUUAACACAUUACAAUUCCAUUUUUUAUUUUAAAUUUUGUCUUUUUUUUUUCUAUAUGGACGAUGCCUGUUGAAUGCGUUUUGCAUCUGCUUGAAUUUUUGCACUAGUUUAUAGACUUCUUAGGUAUUGGUUAAGUAAUAUUCCCAAUUUUAUUGGAGUAAUGUUAGACCUAGUUUUGUAAUGUUCUUUUCGGUGCCAUUUUCAAACACUCGUUGGUGUACAUUUUUUUAGUCACAAGUGAAUGACUUUAAAACUGAAAAAAAAGAUGUUUUUAAUUUAUGAUUUUGUUUUGUUUUGAGUUUUGAGGAUGGUACUGUUUUUCCCUUUUUUAGUGAUGAAUAGUAAAUUGAUAUUAGAUUGUGACUUUGUUUAAGGUAUGUAAUUCGAAAAAAUAAUUAUUUUCCCUUUGUUGUUCUCAAAUGUAUCCUUUUAGUGUACAAAUUGAUGGAUAUCGUGAGAAAAAAUAUUUUUGCAGUCCAUAAGUACAUGUAUUAAUGUUAUAUUGACGAUUUUUCCCAGAACUUUGGUUGUUUGUAACAUGACAGUUGUGAAAAUGUACAAGAAAUAAAAAAUGUUAUGCUAUAAGGUAGAAA